GAAUAUCGCGGGUACUUAGUGUUUAGCUUGCGAGCGCGCCUUCGACUUGCGCACGCUCUCUGACGGUGAGCGCCAGUUCCAAACUUGAAUUUCACCGUUAACCCAAACAAACAAAUCGGUAAAUUGUAUUAUCGAGUUGGGGAUCCGAGUGUUGUGUGUACUUUCGUCGUGGUUAUCUAUGCUCGCAAUUGGGUGCUAAGUGCUGUGGCUUUUUGGAUGCUGUUUGGUGACCUGACUUGACUAGAACCGCUGACGGGCCCUGGAGCCGUAAAUGGCCUGACCCAAUUGUGCCUGGAAUUAUUUUUAUUACUCGAAACUACAAUCAUACUUUGUGUGGUGUUCAGUGCAGUGCUUUUUUUUCAGUGUGGAUUACAUGUUGGAUACGUUUAAAUUACAUGGAUUUCAGAUUUAAGGGAAUCUCGUGUUCAUGUGUUGGAGACGGUUCGACAUUCAUCGCGACAUUUCAAGAUCACUUUUGAUACGGUACCACUUACAAGUAGGGUAGUAGCAGCUGAUUGCCUCGAAGUACAAAGAAAGGGAGGAAGCAAAUAGUCUUGGGGGAAUAGGAGUCCUCCAGCCACAUCGUGGCGGGGACUCACGUCCUAGGGGCUCAGUCGCCUAUGUCGCUGGCGAUGCCCUUUAUCGAUAACGAUCUAUUAUGGAGUUCUGAUCAUGAUGGUAAAAUGGUCGACUUAUCUUCUUGCCUUCAAGAUGCUUCCGUACCUGUGGGACAACAAACAACAGCAGGAAUGGGUUUGGGUGAAUUGUCGCAAUCCGACCUAAGUUCUCUAGUUCCUCCUUUACCAGAAGCGAACAUCGCCGACAACGAGGAGAUUUUUAAGCACUUGUCUGACACGACUUCCAUUGAAAUAGAUACUCUUUUAAAUGAAUUUAACCCAACCCCCUUUAUUAAGCAGGAAGAAAAUAAUAAUAUUCCAAACUGUCCCGAUGAAGCUGCCAAUGGUUCUGCCGCUCACCAGAAGAGCGCGCAAGUGAUGCUUGAAAUGCGCUCUUUGAAAUACACUAUUGCCGCAGCAAAUCCGAUUCUUGCCGAGAAACUCGCGACACCUAGUGAACAAAAUGUCCAACAAGGUGAAAACAACAGUCGACCGCAGCUGGCGCCACUGACACCGAAAGUCGAGAAAGUUGACAAGGAGCAAAACAACUACUUACAUCAACUACUUUCAAGACAGCGUACAGACCUCCAACAUCCCUCAUUGUGUGAUUAUGGCAGAAGAAAGUCAGUGUAUCCCACGACAACCACCGGUUCGUUGCCUCCGAGUCCAGCAGAUUCGGGCGUUUCAGACGUGGACAGUUCGUCCAGCGGUCACACAUCAACCGACGAAUUAAAAGCGAGAUUACAGCCCUCGAUACAUUCUCCCGUAGGAAAUUUAUUUUCAAGACACCCAUUGUCAUGGACGUCACCCGCCCAUCAUGGUCAGCGAGCUCCCAGUCAUAUGCCCCAGCAGUUCUACCAACCCUUCACCUCCAUACCGGAUUCGUACAACAGCUACCUUCUCCAGCAGCACCACCACGUCCAGCAGAACCAGCACAUGCACCACCACAACAGCACCGCCUCCCCUUUUACGACGCCCUCUCCCCCGUCUCCGCCCAUGAGGCACGCCAUCCCCACCUCGGUGAUCCAGGCGGCCACUUCGAGCGUGUACGAUGACGCGUACAUGCUCGGUUUUUCCCCUCGAAAACUGAAGAAAGUCAAGAAGCAAAAAAUCGGCGAACCCGGUUCCGUCAAAAGGAAAAGUCGGGAGGGUUCGACGACGUAUCUGUGGGAAUUCUUGCUCAAACUCCUGCAGGACAGGGAGUACUGCCCGCGGUAUAUCAAGUGGACGAACAGGGAGAAGGGCGUCUUCAAGCUGGUGGACUCCAAGGCGGUGUCCAGGCUCUGGGGCAUGCACAAGAACAAGCCCGAUAUGAAUUACGAGACGAUGGGGCGGGCUCUGAGGUACUACUACCAGAGGGGCAUUUUGGCGAAGGUGGACGGUCAAAGGCUGGUUUAUCAGUUCGUUGAAGUUCCGAAGGAUAUAAUCGAAAUCGAUUGCACGGGCGCGUGAUUGCCUUUUAAUUAGACUUCUUCCAGUGGUGUGGACCACUGUCUCGAGAGUACAACAUACUUAAAACACGAAAUGAAUUUAUUUAUUAGAAAUUAUACGUAGGAACUCUGGUGUAAAUAAAGACAAUAUUGGAAGAGUUGGUUGAAUUCAUACAACGAAUUUUCGCACUUUGCACAUUUCGCUCCGAGAUCUCAAUGUAAAGUGUAACACGAAUCCACUGUCAUAUCUUCGUCAUGGACCUGAUAAGUCAAUCAAGAAUAAGUGUCUUGUCACCUUAACUGGACUGCUAGGAAGGUUGUGAUGUGAAUUAUGUUAUCCAGGUUGUGGUUACUUUAAUAAUUAAACCUGCAAGAGAUUGUAAUUUUUGCACUAUUUCAUACCCGUUGCUUCCCGAGCAAUAAUAAAAUUCCGACAAAAAUUUGGUUUUUGGCAAACACAAGGUGCUUCGCGUGUUAAAUUGUACAGUGAUAAUUUGUUAUUUUGUUGAUUGAAAAGAUUUAACUCGAUUGCAAUGUAAAUAAAAGUUUAUAAAAGCCGUAUGGAUGUUGUUGCUUGUAUGAAAUAGUGAUAGUAAUUGUUAUACUAGAUUUUUAUAAAGUAAGAGAUAUUUAGAUAUUGUACAUUACUUAACAACGGUACGAAGAUUUAAUAUGAAAUGUGAUAGAGAGGAUAAAGUAUUUUGGAGACGUUUUAUAAAUUUUGUUACCUAGUUUAGCGGUGCUCUUACAAGGCGAUGAGACUGUGCGGUGCCUGAAGAUUGACAAAACGCGUUGAAUUGUCAAUAUUUUAGCUCUCUUGAGUGUUCGGCAGAAGAAUAAACUACUAAAAGCUUUGAUCUCAGAUGUACACGCAGGAAAACAGUUUGAUUGAAAAACGCAGAAAAUUGUAAAUAACACUGUUUUUGUACUUAUGAUUGGGUUCCGUUUCUAAUCCGUGUUUCCUUUACGUUUAUUUUCUAAGUGUACAUUCUGUAUAGUAUUUAUUUAAUAACGUCAAGAACUCACAAUACUAAGUUGUAAAUUUUCGUUGUAACGUUCUGUGAUUGUAUAUUUAGUUCCCUUUGUAAAAUUUUCGAAAUUUUCAUUGUAGUGAAUGUUAUUAACGUUGUACCUAAGGUCAAAUGUGUCUUGAAAUUUUACCCAACUCAGUGCGCAAAUCAGGACGAAAUUACAAUUAUAUUAUUAUUAAAAACUAACCCAGGUCUCAAUCUCAGUGAAGUAACUAUACAUAUGUGUAGAAUUAUUAACUAAAUGUACGCACAACAAACAAAAUAGUAACAACAUUCGAAUUGUACGUCCAAAACAUGUGAUAAUUGUCGAAAAUGCAUGCUUGAUCACCUUAGCAUAGAUAUAUUUGUUAUACAUGUUCAGUGGUCUUUUAAAACAUUUUGUUUGUUGCUGUUGGUCCGUUCGGUUUCACCUUCAUGUAUACACAUAUUGUUUGUACUCAAUAAAAAAGAUUUGAACUAAACUAACAUUUGUUGUAAAACAGUUAUUAAUGUUAAAAAGAGUAAAUAUAAAAAUUGCAACUAAAUAAAAAAAGAUUGGUGAUAUUGUCAAAUGUAGGAUAAUAAUGUUGACACGCAAGUUGUAUAUAUUAUAUUGUAUAAUUUUUAUUAUAUUACAAAAUACCUACCUAAGUAUCUACUGAAUUUUAAUGAUUUCAAAUACAAUAUUGUAUAGUUUUAUUUAGCAUAAGACAAGGUACUUUUAUUAUAUAGUUUAUUGUAAUAUUUUGUCUUUACAAAAAUAUGACAUGAAUAAAAUUAUUUGUGUUA